AUGGAGCGCUGCCCCAGCCUGGGGGUCACCCUCUACGCCCUGGUGGUGGUCCUGGGGCUGCGGGCGGCACCGGCCGGCGGCCAGCACUACCUCCACAUCCGCCCGGCUCCCAGCGACAACCUGCCCCUGGUGGACCUCAUCGAACACCCGGACCCUAUCUUUGACCCCAAGGAGAAGGAUCUGAACGAGACGCUGCUGCGCUCGCUGCUCGGGGGCCACUACGACCCGGGCUUCAUGGCCACCUCGCCCCCCGAGGACCGGCCCGGCGCGGGCGGCGGGACGACGGGGGGCGCCGAGGACCUGGCCGAGCUGGACCAGCUGCUGCGGCAGCGGCCGUCGGGGGCCAUGCCGAGCGAGAUCAAAGGGCUGGAGUUCUCCGAGGGCUUGGCCCAGGGCAAGAAGCAGCGGCUCAGCAAGAAGCUGCGGAGGAAGUUACAGAUGUGGCUGUGGUCGCAGACCUUCUGCCCUGUGCUGUACGCCUGGAACGACCUGGGCAGCCGCUUCUGGCCGCGCUACGUGAAGGUGGGCAGCUGCUUCAGCAAGCGCUCGUGCUCCGUGCCGGAGGGCAUGGUGUGCAAACCUUCCAAGUCGGUGCACCUCACCGUGCUGCGGUGGCGCUGUCAGCGGCGCGCGGGCCAGCGCUGCGGCUGGAUCCCCAUCCAGUACCCCAUCAUCUCCGAGUGCAAGUGCUCGUGCUAGAACUCGGGGGCCCCCUGCCCCGCACCGGGACACUUGGUCGAGAGCCCCGCCGACGCCCCCCUACGCCGCCCCCAACCAGUUCCACCACCCUCUAGCGAGGGGUUUUUCAAUGAACUUUUUUUUUUUUUUUUUUUUGGCUACAGAGACCUAGCUUUCUGGUUCAUGUAAUGCACUGUUUAACUGUGUAGGAAUGUAUAUGUGUGUAUAUACGGUCCCAGUUUUAAUUUACUUAUUAAAAGGUCAGUAUUAUACGUUAAAAGUUACCGGCUUCUACUGUAUUUUUAAAAAAAAAGUUAAGCAAAAGGAAAAAAAAAAAGAACAGAGAAAAGAGACUUAUUCUGGUUGUUGCUGACAAUGUUAACCUGCUAUUUAUAUUCCAGUGCCCUUCGCAUGGCGAAGCAGGGGGGAAAAGUUAUUUUUUUUUUUCUUAAAGUACAAAGAGAGGGGAGAACUUUUGUAGAAGGACUUUUUAAAAGCUAUUUUCCAUUCUUCGGAAAGUGUGUUGGUUUUCCUUGGACCUCGGAGAAGCUAUAGAGUUCAAUGUUAUUUUACAGUUAUUGUAAAUAUAGAGAACAAAUGGAAUGACUAAUCAUUGUAAAUUAAGAGUAUCUGCUAUUUAUUCUUUAUAAUAUCCCGUGUAGUAAAUGAGAAAGAAGUGCAGAGCAGGAUUAAAGAAAACCACUAA